GUAAUAGUCCUGUUUAACUAAUUUACACUAAAGAAGAAGUUUAAAAACGAGAAUAUGAGUUUGACUGAUGCUGAUGUAGUAGAAGUAGAGUAGUCUAUAUAAGAAAGAAUGAUGAUGAAUAGGAUUCUGCGCGAUGGCGCAAAUUAAGGAACGCCAUUAAAAUUGCCUCAUUACCAUCCAACACUCUCUCACUCUCUCCACUUUCCCUCCCUUUUCUUCCACUUCGAUCAAACAUUCAUACUUCUCCUUUUUGUGGCUUUAAUUGGGGGAAACCUGAUCGCGAAUUCGCGGGGACGAAAAUGCUUACAUGCAUAGCACGUUCGAAGCAAGCGAGCGACGACUCGCCGUCGAUUGAUCACCGGAAUCCGCCAUCUGGAAAGCUCAAUUCCGACUCCGGCGCCGUUCCUACGAAACAUGCCAUUAAAUCCCUCUCUUCUCAGAUCAAGGACAUGGCGCUGAAGGCGUCGGGUGCGUACCGGCAGUGUGCGCCGUGCGCGAACCAGUCGGCGGCGCCGCAUGGGACGACCGGGAGUGGAGGAGAUCAUCAGAUGGACUUAGCGGCGGCGCAGGAGAAGUUCCGGUGGUCGUACAGACGGACGGGGAGCUCGAACUCGAGCUCGACGGCGGGGAGGAGGGAGCUGGAGGCGAGGCUGAAGGGGAUUUCGAGCGGCGAGGGGACGCCGGCGUCGGCGAGCGGCCGCCGGAUAGAUCCGAUCGUCUUUGUUGAGGAGAGUGAGCCCAAGGAGUGGGUAGCUCAGGUGGAGCCCGGCGUCUUAAUUACAUUUCUGUCCUUGCCUCGCGGCGGCAAUGAUCUCAAGCGGAUUCGCUUCAGCCGAGACAUGUUCAACAAAUGGCAAGCACAAAGGUGGUGGGCUGAGAAUUCUGAGAAGGUGCUGGAACUCUACAAUGUGCAGAGGCUAAACCUCCAAGGUUGCCCUCUUCCGACAACUCCAAGAUCCGAGGAUGACACGAGUUCGAAGAUGGAGUCUGUGGAAGACAGCCCUGUGACGCCGCCACUUGGCAGAGAGCCUCUGCCUCGUGCUUUCCAUCGACCAACGGGAAUGAUGAAGGGAUACUCCUCCUCAGAUUCCUUAGACCUUAUCUCUACACAUUCAAGGUCUAACUAUGAUUCCUGCGGUGUUGCCUCAACUCCCAAACUCUCAAGCAUCAGUGCUGCAAAAACAGAAGUGUCGUCAAUGGAUGCCUCCAUGAGGACCAGCUCCUCUCGAGAUGCUGAUCGUUCAGGGGAGAUAUCCAUAAGCAAUGCCAGCGAUUUGGAGACUGAAUGGGUCGAACAGGAUGAGCCCGGUGUCUACAUUACCAUCAGAGCUCUGCCUGAUGGGAGACGGGAACUCAGACGCGUUAGAUUCAGGUUACCUUUUAACAUUCUUCAAUCAUCAUCAUACUUCAUUUUAACCAUAUGCUUACUUGAACUCGGAACUGAUUUCAGCCGCGAGAAAUUCGGGGAGAUACACGCUAGAUUAUGGUGGGAGGAAAAUCGGGCGAGGAUACACAAACAGUACUUGUGAUUGGAUUCAAGAGAGAAGCUUCAUUUUUCUGCCAAACAGAAGAGUGUGGUAGAGCUACUAUGAGAAGCCAAGUUAGUAUGUGUAAGUGAUGCACAACACAAGUCACAAUGUUGUGGCAGCUUCAGAAAGCAUUUCUGCCUUUUUUCAUUUCUUUCUUUCUUUUUCUUCUGUCCUGUUUUUUUAUUAUAUGAAAUUGUGGUAUAUUAUGGGGAUUUUUUUUAUAUAUAUAAUGUAUGAUAUCUUUGGCUCUACA